AGAGAGAGAGAGAGAGAGAGAGAGAGAGAGAGAGAGCUUAUGGAAAAUGUGCCUGUAUGUGUAAGGUGUCCACUAAAAUCUGAGCGAGCCGCUGGACAGCAUUUGUCCACUAGACAUCAGGACAUCAGGACAUUUGGAGAUUUGGGCAUUUGGACACUGGCACUGAGAGGGAGCCGGUAAAAGCGGCUCUGUAGUGACUCGGCGCUGUUUCUCCCGUUCAGCGUGUAGCAGAAGCUCAGCCAGCAGUCAGAAUGGGAAAUCGGGGGAUGGAGGAUUUGAUUCCGCUGGUGAACCGAAUGCAGGAUGCCUUUUCUGCGAUCGGACAGAAUGCCAACCUGGACCUGCCCCAGAUCGCAGUGGUUGGCGGUCAGAGCGCAGGGAAAAGCUCCGUCCUGGAGAACUUCGUGGGGAAGGAUUUUCUGCCUCGAGGCUCUGGCAUCGUGACUCGUCGCCCCCUGGUGUUGCAGCUGAUCAACUCUCCAACAGAAUAUGCGGAGUUUCUCCACUGCAAAGGGAAAAAGUUCACUGAUUUUGAGGAAGUGCGUCAGGAGAUCGAAGCAGAAACAGACCGCAUUACUGGACAGAACAAAGGCAUCUCUCCAGUACCCAUCAACCUGAGAGUCUACUCCCCUCACGUCCUGAAUCUGACUCUGGUGGACUUGCCUGGAAUGACCAAAGUGCCGGUGGGGGAUCAGCCAGCUGAUAUUGAGUUCCAGAUCAAGGACAUGCUCAUGCAGUUCGUAACAAAGGAGAACUGCCUCCUGCUGGCCGUCUCUCCUGCCAACUCAGACCUUGCCAACUCAGAUGCCCUCAAGAUUGCCAAGGAAGUGGACCCUCAAGGUGUGAGAACGAUCGGUGUGAUCACUAAACUGGACCUGAUGGAUGAGGGUACAGAUGCGCGUGAAAUCUUGGAGAACAAGCUCCUUCCUUUGCGUAGAGGCUACAUCGGAGUCGUGAAUCGCAGUCAGAAAGAUAUUGAUGGAAAAAAGGACAUUACUGCUGCCAUGGCAGCUGAGAGGAAGUUCUUCCUCAGCCACCCUUCCUAUCGUCACCUGGCUGAGCGCAUGGGCACACCUUACCUGCAGAAAGUCCUCAAUCAGCAACUGACCAAUCACAUUCGAGACACGCUGCCAGGGCUGAGGAACAAGCUGCAAAGCCAGCUGCUGUCCAUUGAGAAGGAAGUGGAAGAGUACAAGAACUUCCGCCCGGACGACCCCUCUCGCAAGACCAAGGCCCUUCUUCAAAUGGUUCAGCAGUUUGCAGUGGAUUUUGAGAAGUGUAUUGAGGGAUCUGGUGAUCAGAUCGACACUUACGAGCUGUCAGGAGGAGCCAGGAUCAACCGUAUCUUUCAUGAGCGUUUCCCCUUUGAAUUGGUCAAGAUGGAAUUUGAUGAGAAAGAGUUGCGUAAGGAGAUCAGCUAUGCUAUUAAAAACAUCCAUGGUAUCAGGACUGGCCUCUUCACCCCUGAUAUGGCCUUUGAGACGAUCGUGAAGAGACAGAUAGCUAAGAUCAAAGAGCCAUGUCAGAAAUGUGUGGACCUGGUCAUCUCUGAGCUGGUCAAUACAGUCAGACAGUGCACUAAGAAGCUGGCUCAGUACCCAAUGUUGAGGGAGGAAAUGGAGAGGAUUGUCACACAGCAUAUCCGUGACAGAGAGAGUCGCACAAAGGGCCAGGUGAUGCUACUGAUUGACGUUGAGCUGGCCUACAUGAACACCAAUCAUGAAGAUUUCAUUGGUUUUGCUAAUGCCCAACAGAGAAGCAGUCAGAUGAGUAAAAAGAAGGCUGCAGGGAAUCAGGAUGAGAUAAUGGUGAUCAGAAAGGGCUGGCUAACCAUCAAUAACAUUGGCAUCAUGAAGGGAGGAGCGAAGGAGUACUGGUUUGUGCUGACUGCUGAGACUCUGUCCUGGUACAAAGAUGAUGAGGAGAAAGAGAAGAAAUACAUGCUGCCUGUGGAUAAUCUGAAGCUCCGAGACAUUGAGAAAAGCUUCAUGUCCAGCAAACACAUCUUUGCCCUCUUCAACACUGAACAAAGGAAUGUGUAUAAGGAUUACAGGCAGCUAGAAUUGGCGUGUGAGACACAAGAAGAGGUGGACAGCUGGAAGGCCUCCUUCCUGCGUGCUGGUGUUUACCCAGAGCGCAUUGUGGACAAAGAGAAGCAGAGUGAAAGCAGUGAGGAGAGCAGCUCAGACAGUUUCAUGCACUCCAUGGACCCUCAACUGGAGAGACAAGUGGAGACCAUCCGCAACCUGGUGGACUCCUAUAUGGCUAUCGUCAACAAGACUGUGCGCGAUCUGAUGCCCAAGACCAUCAUGCAUCUUAUGAUCAACAAUACUAAAGAGUUCAUCCAUGCUGAGUUACUGGCCCAGCUCUAUUCGUGUGGAGACCAGAACACUCUGAUGGAGGAAUCAGCUGAACAGGCGCAGCACAGGGAUGAGAUGCUACGCAUGUACCAUGCACUCAAAGAAGCCCUGAGCAUUAUCGGAGACAUCAGUACUACCACUGUGUCCACAGCCAUGCCACCACCAGUGGACGACUCCUGGCUGCAGGUGCAGGGAGGACCCUCAGGACGAAGGUCCCCCAUGUCCAGCCCCACACCUCAGCGUCGAGCUCCUCCAGGACCCCCUCGCCCUGGAGCUCGUGCUGCUCCUGGGCCUCCUGCUGCUGGAGCUCCACCUGUCCCCUCCAGACCUGGAGCCUCCCCAGACCCCCACAGUGGCCCACCACCCCAAGUGCCCUCACGCCCCAACCGCGCUCCUCCAGGAGUUCCCAGAAUUUCUAUCAGUGACCAAUGAGGAGGUCCACAAAAUGUCGACGAGUACCGGCAUCACCAACAAGACCCAACAGAUCCACAGAUUCCCUUACAGACUAUUAACCCUGGAUCCUGCAGGCAGAAGGAAAUUACUGCCUCUUCAUCUCCUCACGCACACACCCACACACUCAUACAGACCCACACACCUCUUUACACACCCCCUAGAUGUAACUUAUCUAGGUGCACAUGUUUACUUAAAGGCAUCCUUGUCCUUUAAACCAUUACGAACCAAGGAGAAGACAGUAAUGGUAAUGAUAUCUGACAGUGUGAUAGACUGUCUUAUGGUUAUCAGUGGCAUUAACAGCACAAGUUAUACAUGUUAUAUUUAAAAAUGAAGCAGAUGAUGUGACUUUCAGCACAUUAGACAUAGAGUAUACGUUCUCUGAACAAUUUAACGUAAAAGCACAUGAAUGCUAGGUGAAACUGGCUUAUCACUGCUGUCUUUAGUAUAUUUUAAACUUUGCACCCUGCUGCUUCACUUCCUUCUCUCUCAAGAUCAACCUUCAUGCAGCAUACAGCAAACAAAAGACUAUUUUUUGAGCCAAUGCUAAACAUUGGCUCACUCAUUCACUCAUUCACCCUGAGAGACCUGCUUCAUUCUCACACUAGAGUGUAGCCAUUUGCCAUUUUCCAGCUUAUAUUGUCUACAACUUAUAUUUCCAGCUUGGCCUACAACUAGCACUCUAGAUGAAGGAAUUAGCAAUUUCAAAGAACAUCUUGGUUAAUUUUAAUUUAUUAAUAUAUAUAUAAUUUAUUUAUAUAUAUAUACAGUUGAUAAGUUAAUAUAUUUGUUCAUUUUGUUGAGAUACAUGUUUCCCAAACUUGAAGCUUAUUUGCCUUGAUUAAAUUUUAGAGUUUAUGGAUGUCAAAUAAGUCAGUGUGGUUUGGGAAACAAACUAAUCUGAACUAUCUAAACUUUCAUCUGUAUUUGAGCAAUAAGCAACAGUGUAUUUUUCCUUACUUCAUUGUUUGCCAUAACCUGGGUGCCAGCAAUAACCUGGGUGCCUCAAAAUAAUGGUGGCUAUAAGUUAAAGGAAUACAUGUUUUUAAACCUAUUUAUUAUCUACUGCAUCUAUAUCAUAUGUGAGAUUACUAAGGACAAAACUUUUGACACAUUUCCCUGCAAUGAGAAAAGAAAGUAAAACCUGUUUACUUCAAAUUCACUUCAAAAAUGGAUGGUAUAAAAACCGUCAAAAAGCAUGCAAAAUGCUGAUGAUUCAUUCACACUGGUCGGGACGCCAGUCCAUUGCAGGGCAUCAUGCACACACACGUUCACAUCCAGAGGCGAUUUAGUGUAGCCAGUCAACCAACCUGCACGUUUUUGGACAGUAGGAGGAAACCCACAUGAACACGAAUUCAAAAGUACAACUAUCACACUGAAAAAGUAGCUCCAUCUGUGACAAGAUUACUUAUUUAGAUUUAGGGCUUAAUUUACAAAUACUUCAGAAAAAAAGUCCUAUAAAAAUACAUUUCAAGUAUUGUCUCCCCAACAUCUACAUCAAGUAUUACAGUUUUUGAUCUGACAGGUUUUCUGUACUUUUCCCAUUAUAGGGUUUGUGGUAAUUGAUCAUACUCUAGACAUGUAGUAGGCAGAGGUUAAGUUGGGAAACACUGGAAUGUAUUCCUUUAAUAACUGGUGUUCCAUGUUCAGAAAAAGGUUCCAAACUGUACCUUUGUUUGUCACUUGGGUGGUACCCUCAAGCAUUAAAAAAAACUACAUACAUUAACAUUCACAUAUGAAAUUCCGCUAGUGACAAGCAACAGUGCAGUGUAGUAGUUUUUUCUGCAAGUGUCAGUAUUGCUGUUGUCGUAAAAGGACAAAAAUAUCUCUUAACAGAGUUGUUUGUGGGUUAUUUUAGUGCUUUCUUUUUGCCCACCAUUUGUUUCUCCUUCUCGCUCUACAUGUUCUUCUCUUUCACCCAGCCGUCCGAGCAAAGGCAGCCCUUCUCAUGGAGAGAGCCCUCAUCCUUCGUUUGACUCGUAGAACCCAUCCUUCCUCUCCCUCUCUCUACUGCCUUUCCUCUGACCAAGAGGACGUUGAUGGGUGGACAUGAAGGCCAGAUAGAUCCAUAUAUAUCUAUAUAUAUCUAUCUGCUAUAAUGAUUUGUUUACAGUAUUUAUUAUUAAUGUGUGAUUAGAUGCAGAGGAGAUGUAGAGGGAUAUUAGCAGGGAUUAUGGAAGAAUGGAGGAAACUCUAUUUUCACUAUGAAUGCCCAGUGUGGACUCGUAUCACAGUGUUAAGUCAACUGCAGUGUUAUUUGUAAUGAAGGUGCUGUGCAGUGUUUCAAUGUUUACACAAUAGAUAAUGUCGAUGUGUUCUGUAUUGAUCUGUCAUAAAGAAAUGCCUGCAAACAUUUUAUCUUGUUAUAGGUUACUGUACACAUGCUUUUAGCCUCCAUCUGAGGCAGAGCUAAAUAUUCAGUGGUGCUUAAUGUUUCAUUUAUUAUCAACCACAUAACUGUAAUAAUGCUGUGUGCAGGAGCUUUUGAAACUAGCGGCUCUGCUGUAUUAAAAGUAAUACAUCACCUGAAAAUACUAAUGAUGCUAAUAAUGAAUGAAAGCUAGUAGGAGUUAAUUAAUAUUAUGCAAUGAAAUAUCAUGCCACUGGAUUUCCUCUAGCCUUCUUUUCUUAUUAGCCAUCAUUUUUGGUGAAGAAUUCACAUCAUAUAUAUAUAUACAUAUAUAUAAAUAUGUAUUGUGCAAUAUGUCUGAUGGAGUAUGUUGUGCAAAUUAUAAGAGAAUUAUGCUACCUUGCUUUAAUUUAAUGAAACGUGGGUGGAAUAAUUUCUCGAAUAGGGGUUUGGAUGUGAAUGGGAUAAAUGAAUGAAAGAAAAAUAUCCAGUCAACCCUUACACGAAUGUGAGAGUGAUUAAAAUGAUAUUUCACACUAUUUUUGAGUGUUAUACACAGAUUUGUAUUGUGUUGGUGUAUGUUUGUGAUGCAUCUCUGGGAAUUUUGCUUCUAUUAGUUUGUGUACACAUGUACAAUAAUUAGGUAGCUAAUAACAAAGUGAAAGAAAUGUCUUUUAACAGAUAAGUGACAUGUGUAUAUAUUAUGAGUUGUUCUAUUUAAAUGAAUAAUGUGAAUGUGUUUGUGUCUUGUGCCUCACAUGGCCUCCUGUAUCUUAUUGCCACUGGUCCAACCUGAGAAACUGGCCAGUGCGUUGUGUGUUUUCAUUAAACUGUGGAAGAUGUUAA